AUGCCACCAGAUCACAAAGAGGUGCCCAAGACUGGUCGCACCAAGGAUGGUCUGAAAGACCCCCGGGUGCGACACUGCCGCGAUCGAGGCAACAACUUUUAUCGCCAAGACAAUGCCAGAACAGCCCCAUCAACGCACGACUUCAAGCUUCCACAGGCCGAGGCCAACGCCAGGGACGCCAUCGUUACAGAUCUCGAGGGGUGCUCCCUCGAACCUGCAGACCACCCUCACGCGUUUUUCGUACCUCGUGAUGAUGUCAAGCGCAUCAUGUCACCGGCCCGCGUCCGUGGCGUUGUCGACGACAGCCUGCCUGGGUGUGGUAGCUGGAGUGCAGCAAAAAGGGAGCGAUUUGCCAAAGACAUUCUCCUUGGAGGAGGAAAUAUAUGCAAGAAUCCUUCCAUCAACCUCCUAGCUGCUGCUAUUGGUGGAGAAGCCGAGGAAUACUUUCUACCUCUUGUCGAGCGCCACAUUGAUGACUUGUGUUUACCACUCGAAAUCCAACAGGGCGCACAUGGGUGUACCAUCAAAUGUGCCGCAAAGCACAAGCAUGAUAGCAUCGGCAUUGUUCGGGUAAAAGUUCGCCGUAGCUUUUGCCUCUGGAUGCAUGCUUUAUCCUCUCCCUACUUCAAGGUCGAGGAGGGUCGACAUUGUCACUACUACCUGAAUGGCAAGGAUGUUCUUCCGAUCGAAAUCGAGCCUGCCCAACCUGCUACCAGCAUUCCCGAGAUCCAGCAACACCUACGAGAUGAAAUGCAACAAUCUAACAUGGGAGGGGUCGGUGGGUUUGCGAAAGUGCGAAUGGUACAGUUCCACCCAGCGCACCUCAGGAUCGAGAUCUCGGCCAAGAACAACCAAGAAGCGCAUAACGGAGUAUAUGCCUUGAAGUGCCUCAACGAGCCAGAUCGAGACGCCUUCAACCAAGAGUUGGCAUCACUGCUAAGCUGCCAGAACAACAAGGGCUUGCAUCUUAUUCGCCUUCUCUUCACGUUUGAGAUAAAGAAGGACAAUGGCGAAGAAGCCUUCUACUUUGUAUUCCCGUGGGCGCAAGGAAACCUGUGGGAGUUCUGGAAACAAAAUGAAUCACAACGGCUCCAGAUCUGUCCCUGGAUGGCCGGUCAGUGCCUCCGAUUGACAGAAGCCAUCCUGUUCGUUCACAACGAGCGUACUGGGGAGCUCGAACGGCGAGGCCACAGCGAAGUUGAGCGAGAGCUGUAUGGCAGGCAUGGAGACAUAAAGGGAGAGAACAUCGUCUUCUUCCAACAUGAAGACCACAUCAAGCUGUUCAUAACAGACUUCGGCUUGGGCCAGCUACACAGUCGAGUCUCUCGGUCGAUUUCCAACCCCCGAGCGACCCAGAUGACGGCAACCUACCGUGCUCCAGAGUUCGACCUGCCCUUUGGCAAGAUAUCACGAGUGUGCGACAUAUUCUCCCUGGGCUGCGUCUUCCUCGAGUUUGUGACAUGGCAACUUGAAGGCUUUACAUCGGCCCACGAUUCCUUCCCCGACGCUCGGCUAGAGGUGGACAUCAACCAGAUCACGUCUGACACUUUCUUCAAAAUCGAAAACAACGAAGCUAUCGUGAAGCCGAAAGUCUCUGGCUGGGUCAAGAGGCUGCUUCGGAAUCCACUCUGCAGUAAUUACCACAAGGACUUUCUGAGCCUCAUUGAAGAGAAGAUGCUCGCACCCGCAGCUAAGGACCGAAUCAGAUCGGAUCUGUUGGUCGAAAGGCUUAGAGUUCUCUCCAAGGGCUGCCGAACAGACUCCAGCUACUGGCAAGAACCCCUGUCGGCCCAGGAACGACUGUCAUUGAGUUGA